AUGGAGCAACUUUGCGGAUCAGCAAAUGAAGACAAGGAACCAAGCAAUACAGAAAAGGAAGACGAUAACGAGGUUGGAAAACAUGGUAUUGACGCAGUGAUGCCAAUGAAGAUGAUAGCUGGCGGGCAGCGGCGAUAUGGAGCACCCCAACUGCUAGUAUUAGUGACCAAUGAUAAAAGCUGGCGUGCUAAUAGUGGUGGCGCAGACGCAAGCUGCAUAGCAGCCGAAAAAGUGAUAUCAAGGUGUCUGCGGGAAGCGACACAGCACGUAUCACCCACGUGGGUUGCUGCAGGUGGCUUCAAGGAUGACGACACUCGAACCAUGCUAGCCGGCAAAAGAGCGAUACCAAACAGGCUUCGGGCGUUUCUAGUAGCUGGCGGCUGGCGCGUUGAUGCAACGUGUGGUCAACUACAGCUAACGCUGACUAAGAUACAAGGAGUCACAGUAGUCCAGAGAGCAACGUGA